UCUUUAACGAGCUUGACCCAGAACCCGGAGAAGGAGGGGAAAAGAGGGGAGAAAACACACCGAAAAACGGAGUUGUCUGGAAGGCGUUGGGGCAGGCUUUCCACGAGCAGUCCAUUUCUCCUCGUUUCUGGGCUUGGUGGUUCAGUGACCUUCUACACAUGAGCAGCUAGAGCUCGACCUCUGACCUUGGCGUGAUCUCUCACCUCUUCUACCAAACCACGCCCACAGGUGAAGUGUGUAUGGAGCAGUGUGAGAGCGCAGCAGCUCUGCUGGAGUCUGUCAGGGAGCAGGAGGUGCAGUUUGAACAGCUGACCAGGGCGCUGGAGGAGGAGAGGAGGAGAGUGGGCCUCCCUGCCACCAGCCCCUCGGCCCUGGGUCACCACCUCCCUCACACACAGAACGGGCGUUUAGGGGAUGCAGACAUAGAACGACUGAAACUGACUGAUUCAUACAUAAACGGCACACAGUACAGGAUGGUGGACCCUGCACACGGCGCUCUAGAUGAGAGCUACACCCCAGAGGAUGACUCCCAGGAAGUACACUCAGUCUUUUCCGAAGAGGGAACCACACGACGGCCAGACACGACUCUCCCACAGAUGAAGAAACCAAUCUCGCGCACAGUCCUGCCCUCUGACUCGAUGUCCAUUGACGGGGGCUUGACGGUGUCCGGUAUGGGUGGCUACAGCGCCACACUGGACCGUCCUUACAGACAGGCUGGAGCAGGCGACUACCCAACUGCCACAGUACCCAGAAACUACCACUACGGCCCUGUAGGGGGUUAUGAUGACUACCGGGGUGGCCCGCCAUCAGAAGCAUACACUAGUCUGAGCAGGGGCUCUCACAUGGAUGAUCGUUACAGGCCAGUUGAUGGCUACAGGACUCUGGAUUCUGGCUACCGAGCCCCAAGCCGUCAGCAGCUUGACCCCUAUGCAGCACAGCCCCAGGUGAGCCGGGGAAUGAGGGCCAUGGGCUCAGCGAUGGAGAUGCGUUACGGCCACGGCCACUAUGGUCUGGAGGAUGACCAGCGCAGUGUGGGGUAUGAUGACUACGGCAUGGGGCCUCCACCCAUGCACCCUGGGGGCUACGGUACCAUGCCACGUCUGGGGGCCGGCCCUGGUGGUAUGGACAGACGAAGACUCAGGAGCUGUGAGGACACUUUGGAUGGUGACAUGGGAGGAGUUGACCAUUAUGCCUGGGGUGUUCCUAUGACGUUGGAAAGGGGGAGCAUGGCUUCACUGGACAGCACACUAAGGAAGGCUCCUCCCACCUCAUGGAGACAGCCUGAGCUGCCAGAGGUCAUCGCCAUGUUGAACUACCGUCUGGACCCUGUCAAGACCAACGCUGCUGCCUUCCUCCAGCAUCUCACAUUCAAAAAUGACAAGAUUAAGUCAGAAGUGCGUCGCCUGAAGGGUAUCCCAUCCUUGGUGUCGAUGCUGGACCACCCCAGCAAGGAGGUGCACCACUCGGCCUGCGGAGCACUAAAGAACAUUUCAUAUGGGCGAGAUCCGGACAACAAGAUCGCCAUCAAGAACUGCGACGGAGUGCCUGCUCUGGUCAGGUUACUGAGGAAAACCCAUGACCAGGACCUCACUGACACUAUCACAGGCACCUUGUGGAACCUCUCAUCCCACGACUCAGUAAAGAUGGAGAUUGUGGACCACGCCCUGCACGCCCUGGCCGACGAGGUAAUAGUUCCCCACUCGGGCUGGGAGCGAGGGAGCAACGGUGGAGAGGAGAGCUGCAAACCACGACAUCUGGAGUGGGAGACCGCCUUGACCAACACUGCUGGCUGCCUUAGGAAUGUGAGUUCAGAACGCAGCGAGGCCAGGCGAAAGCUGAGAGAAUGCACAGGAUUGGUGGAUUCACUCAUGUACAUUGUCCAAUCACAGAUCAAUCGUAAAGAUGUUGAUAAUAAGUUGGUGGAGAACUGUGUCUGCCUCCUGAGGAAUCUGUCCUAUCAUGUUCACCGUGAAAUUCCCGGCUGUGAACGUUAUGCAGAGACCACACCCCUCAACCAGGCACCGGCCCCUGCUACCAAAGGUGGCUGCUUUGGCUCUCGAAAGGGCAAAGAUGAGUGGUUUUCCAAAGGAAAGAAGGAUGGAGAUGAUGGAAGUGGAGAUCAGGUUGAUAUUCCAAAGAGGACAACCCCUGCUAAAGGUUAUGAGCUGUUGUUCCAACCAGAGGUGGUCCGUGUUUACACAUCACUGCUCAGAGAGAGCAAGAACCCCUCGGUGCUGGAGGCUGCUGCUGGUGCCAUCCAGAACCUGUGUGCUGGCCGAUGGACUUAUGGUCGAUAUAUCCGGGCCACCGUGCGUCUGGAGAAAGGUCUUCCCAUGAUGGCAGAACUACUGGCCCAUGGCAAUGACCGUGUGGUUAGAGCAAUGUCUGGAGCCUUGAGGAACCUCGCCAUCGACAACCGCAACUGCGAACUGCUUGGGUUGCAUGCAGUGCCUCACCUGGUGGCCAACCUGCCCGGAGGCCAGAGCCAGUCUGGACGCAAUCUAUCAGAGGAGACAGUAGUGUCUGUACUGAGCACGCUCACUGAGGUGCUAGGCAACAGUCUGGAGGCAGCAAAGACCCUCCGAGCUUCGCAGGGCAUUGAGAGGCUGGUGCUUAUUAACAAGGACGGCAAACGUUCAGAUCGUGAGGUGCGGGGGGCGGGCCAGGUGCUGCAGCUGGUCUGGGCCCAUAAGGAACUCCGUCGGCCUCUUGAGAAGGAUGGCUGGAAGAAGACAGACUUCAUGGUCAACCUCAACCCCAACACCAGCACCACCAAUGGCCCGAGCACCCGAGCCAACGGCACCUAUGAAGACAGCACCACACCACUGCUGGACAGAGGAGAAAAGAGGGACUUGAUUCCACUAAAUGACCUUGGCCCUGACGCCUACUCUACACUGGACCAGAGGGAGAGGAGACACACUCUGGAUGAGACCACAGACACUUUACCGCGAGGGGUGUAUGGGGGCAGAAAGGGCUCCCUGCCUCUGUUGGACUCCUACGAUGGUUAGCCCUCCCCCCUCCCCUCUACCCCCCUCUGCAUGUAACAGCAUGAAAAACUGAUAGUGUGCAUCACCCAGACUGGGCCAUCCCUGCCCUACCACUGCUACUGAGGAGAGAAGAUCCAGAUGCACAGACUCUCUCCCCCUCGCCCUCUUCCUCCCCCUCCUCUCUCUCUCUCUCCCCCUCCUCUCUCUCUCUCUCUCUCUUC